AAUCGCCGCGUCGCUCUUUUUUCUUUCUUUCCCACGUCUAGAGACUCUACAGCUCCAGACCUCCAGUUGUAUAUCACCGCCCGAUCGGAUCUGCCUCCCUCCCGUUCGUCUCCCUCUUCCUCUUUGUCGUCCUCUUCACCAGCGGUGGUGGUGGUGGCAGGUGACUGUGACUAGCAGGAGCGCGGAGGAGGGGUCCUUCGGUUGCCGCCAUGGCUCAGAUCUUGCUCCAUGGAAACCUCCACGUCACCAUCUUCGAGGCCUCGUCGCUCUCCCACCCCGGCCGCGCCAGCGGCGGCGCCCCCAAGUUCAUCCGCAAGUUUGUGGAGGGGAUUGAGGAAACCGUUGGUGUUGGCAAAGGCAGCUCCAAGCUAUAUGCCACCAUUGAUCUCGAGAAAGCUCGUGUUGGGCGUACCAGGAUGUUGGGCAAUGAGCCUGUCAACCCUCGCUGGUACGAGUCGUUCCACAUCUACUGUGCGCACCUUGCCGCCGAUGUGAUCUUCACUAUGAAGGCCGACAACGCGAUCGGGGCCACGCUCAUUGGAAGGGCGUACCUGCCUGUCGCAGAGCUCCUGGAAGGAGAGGAGAUCGACAGGUGGCUUGAAAUCUGUGAUGACAAACGGGAGCCUGUUGGUGAGAGCAAGAUCCAUGUGAAGCUUCAGUACUUUGGCGUUGACAAGGACCGCAACUGGGCGAGGGGUGUCCGGAGUGUCAAGUUUCCUGGUGUUCCUUACACCUUCUUUUCGCAGAGGCAAGGAUGCAAUGUUAGAUUGUACCAAGAUGCUCAUGUCCCAGACAACUUUAUCCCCAAGAUCCCGCUCGCGGAUGGCAAGAACUAUGAGCCUGCCAGAUGUUGGGAGGAUAUCUUUGAUGCCAUAAGCAAUGCUCAGCAUUUGAUUUACAUCACUGGUUGGUCUGUGCACACUGAGAUCACCUUGAUUAGGGACACCAAUCGCCCCAAACCUGGAGGAGAUGUCACUCUCGGAGAGUUGCUCAAGAGGAAGGCCAGCGAAGGCGUCCGGGUCCUUAUGCUAGUGUGGGAUGAUAGAACUUCAGUUGGCUUGCUGAAGAGAGAUGGCUUGAUGGCCACCCAUGAUGAGGAGACUGCAAAUUACUUCCAAGGCACGGAUGUGCACUGUGUUCUGUGCCCUCGUAACCCUGAUGAUUCAGGCAGCAUUGUUCAGGAUCUGCAGAUCUCAACCAUGUUCACUCACCAUCAGAAGAUAGUAUGUGUUGACGAUGCAUUGCCUAGCCAGGGCUCCGAGCAAAGGAGGAUACUCAGCUUCGUUGGUGGCAUUGACCUCUGCGACGGAAGAUAUGACACUCAGUACCACUCCUUGUUUAGGACACUUGACACUGUCCACCAUGAUGACUUCCACCAGCCUAACUUUGCGACUGCAUCCAUCACCAAAGGUGGCCCAAGAGAGCCAUGGCAUGAUAUUCAUUCCCGAUUGGAAGGUCCAAUUGCCUGGGACGUUCUUUACAAUUUCGAGCAGAGAUGGAGAAAGCAGGGUGGCAAAGAUCUUCUCGUGCAGCUCAGGGAUCUCUCUGACAUAAUUAUCCCCCCUUCUCCCGUCAUGUUCCCAGAGGACAGGGAUACAUGGAAUGUCCAGCUCUUCAGAUCUAUUGAUGGUGGUGCUGCUUUUGGCUUCCCUGAUACUCCUGAGGAAGCUGCAAGGGCUGGGCUUGUAAGUGGAAAGGAUCAAAUCAUUGACAGGAGCAUUCAGGAUGCAUACAUAAAUGCUAUCCGGCGGGCAAAGGACUUCAUCUACAUUGAGAACCAGUACUUCCUUGGAAGUUCCUACUGCUGGAAGCCCGAAGGCAUCAAGCCUGAAGAAAUUGGCGCUCUGCAUGUGAUUCCUAAGGAGCUUUCGUUGAAGAUUGUCAGUAAGAUUGAAGCUGGCGAACGGUUUACUGUUUAUGUUGUGGUGCCAAUGUGGCCUGAGGGUGUUCCCGAGAGUGCAUCUGUGCAAGCAAUUCUGGACUGGCAAAGGAGAACAAUGGAGAUGAUGUACACUGACAUCACACAAGCUCUCGAGGCAAAGGGAAUUGAAGCAAACCCCAAGGAAUACCUCACUUUCUUCUGCCUAGGUAACCGGGAGGUGAAGCAGGAUGGGGAAUAUGAACCCCAGGAGCAACCAGAACCUGAUACUGAUUACGUCCGUGCUCAAGAGGCUAGGAGGUUCAUGAUCUACGUUCAUACCAAAAUGAUGAUAGUUGAUGACGAGUACAUCAUCAUUGGGUCUGCAAACAUCAACCAAAGGUCAAUGGACGGUGCCCGGGACUCCGAGAUUGCCAUGGGCGCUUACCAGCCAUACCAUCUAGCCAACAGGGAGCCAGCCCGGGGCCAGAUCCACGGCUUCCGGAUGGCGCUGUGGUACGAGCACCUGGGCAUGCUGGACGACGUGUUCCAGCGCCCGGAGAGCGUGGAGUGCGUGCAGAAGGUGAACAGGAUCGCCGAUAAGUACUGGGACAUAUACUCGAGCGACGACCUGGAGCAGGACCUCCCCGGCCACCUGCUGAGCUACCCCAUCGGCGUCGCCAGCGACGGCGUGGUGACGGAGCUGCCGGGCAUGGAGUUCUUCCCCGACACCCGGGCCCGCAUCCUCGGCGCCAAGUCGGACUACCUUCCCCCCAUCCUCACCACAUAGAUAAGAUCGCAUCCUGCAUUUCCUGUGUGUGGCCUCAGUUUGGUGGUUCCUUUGGUGAUUCAGAACUUGUGUUCCAGAAAAUAGCAGGCUGUUAUAGUUGUGGGACAGUUAAUAAGCGCAGUGGUGUGCAUGGUUGAGAACCACGGUAGUGACUAGGAGGAUUGCUGAUACUUUACACGGUUUCUGCUGUUUGUAUUACUGUUUAAUUAUAAAUUGUCAAUGUUUAGUUGUUUACGCUCGUACCUACUUGGAUCUUCAAUGGUGGACAAUAAAGUUAACGCGUGUUUCUUAUUGUAU